AUGCCCAUUCUAGAUGAAAUGUUCUUGAGCAUGGCAGUUUCUAAUCAGAUUAACGACUUGCUCCGUACAUCACGAAAUGUGCACAUAAGGAGAGAUGAUGGGUCUCGAGCAAGUAUUUGUCUGACGUCGCCAAACUAUGGUGGCUUAGGUCUUACUCCCAGCACGCCAAUAGCUGGAGAUGUAGCAUCUGAAGUAUUGCUAUUAAUCACAGCUUGGCUUGAAGCGCUAAACUCUGCCGAUCGAGAGAAAGGAGUCGGUACCAGAGUUAUGAGUUUUAGACCAGCGGAUCGGCCUUCGAUGAACUUAACCGAAAAGAUAUUUGCUAUGCACGAUGUGGACUCGAAGGGGUAUGUAAGGGUAGGAGAUACUAUCCGUGUUGCAGUUGAUUGGAUCAUGGCAUCGGAAGCAUCAUGGGGUAGUAUGGAAGCGACCUACAAUCAGCUGGGAUCCCCGGGCAUAUUCCGGAAUGAUCGGUUUUGGCUUGCCGGUGACCAUGUCGUUGACCCUAGGGUCAAUGCUCAUCCCAAAAUCAAGCCCCUUAUUGAAGCAUCCGAAAGAGCUAGAAGGGUGUUCAAGAUGACGGAGUACCAAGGAAUGAACUACACAAUUAUGCACACCGAAUUCUUUAGGGAGCGUGCACAGCCUGGAAUGCUCGUCAUAGGGUCCGACUCUCAUACGUGCUCUGCCGGUGCAGUAGGCAGUUUGGCCGUGGGGCUAGGUGCUGCGGAUGUGACAAUGGCUCUUGUUACCGGUGAAAUUUGGUUCAAGGUACCAGAAGUCGUUCAAAUUCAGUUUGUAGGACGGCCGCCUAGGGGUAUCAGUGGAAAGGAUGUAAUACUCUAUGUCUUGCAGCAACUCAAGAGAAACACCGUAGCUGCGGACAGAGUAGUGGAAUAUACUGGACCGGGUUUAAGCCACUUAUCGCCAGAUGCUCGAUUCGCCAUUGCGAAUAUGACCACUGAGUUUGGGGGCAUCAGUGGCAUCUUCGUACCUGAUGAUGUUACGAAGUCGUUUAUUGACUCGAGGAAGAUCGCACGACACAGAAAUUCAUCCCACUUCAUGCGACCCGAUGAUGGCGCCAGCUAUGCCGAGACAGCGACUAUUGACUUAUCGAAAGUGCAAUCUUUCGUCGCGAAGUAUCCCCGUCCCGAUGAUGUUGUCCCCGUGUCGGAAGUACAAGGCCAGAGGCUUGACGGCUGCUUUAUCGGCGCGUGCACGACGGCCGAGGAAGAUAUCAUCAUGGGCGCACUAAUCUUAGAACAGGGCCUGAAGGCAGGUAAAAUACCCGUGCCAAAUGGCAAGAGAAAGGUUGUUCCAGGUUCGAGGCCAAUCAUAGACAGACUUGAAAAGAGUGGCCUGGCAGAUAUUUACAGGACGGCAGGAUUCGAAGUAGGUGUUCCUGGAUGUAGUUAUUGCGUCGGUAUGUCUGCGGACCAAGCAGGUCCUGGGGAAGUAUGGCUAUCUUCUCAAAACCGCAAUUUCGAGAACAGAAUGGGUAAAGAUUCCAUCGGAAACCUAGCAUCAGCUGCGACAGUAGCCGCAUCAUCAUUCGAUAUGGUUAUCACGAACCCUCAGGCUCUAUUAGAUGCUAUAGACCCAGCAAGAUUCGAUGCGCUUAAGGGAAGGGGUUCCCUACAGACAAUAUCAAUGACGCCGCCGGCUUAUGUUGAGCCAGCUUCUGUCGAUCAUUCGCGUGGUUCGCAACCAAACGACGUGGUCUUUGACGGUAACGUCCAAAUGAGCGAUAGCAUGACGGAGACUACGGGAGAAUUGAAAGGAAAUAAAAUAACCGGAAAAGUCCAGAAACUAGGCGACUUUAUCGAUACAGAUGCUCUGGCACCGGCGCAGUUCUUGGUAGAAUCCAAAACCGACGAAGCGCUUGGCACGCACUGUCUCGAGUUUACACAUCCAGACUUCCGUCGAAGAGUCAAAGAGGGUUACGAUAUCGUAGUCGCUGGGAAGGCAUUCGGCUGUGGCUCGUCGCGCCAGCAGGCAGUCUCGGCAUUGCUAGGAUGUGGGGUGAAAUGUGUGAUAGCACGGUCCUUCGCGUUUAUUUACAGCCGUAACCAGCCCAGUCUAGGCCUUCUCGGUAUUACCAUCAGCAACGAUAACUUCUACAGACUCGCACAAGAUGGUGCUGAACUAAGCGUCGACCUGGAUACCAAUGUGCUCUGUGUCGACGGUAAGGAAUUCCCAUUCCAGCUGAGCCCCAUGGAGAAACAACUCAUGAACUUGGGCGGGAUUACGCCAGCGUUCCAGAAGUUUGGUAAGCAGCUAUUCGAAGCGCUAUGCUCCGGUGUCACUGGUACCGCGAAAUCUGGUCAGAGGCGUAAGGAAGUAAGCGAUGGGUUACAAUGGUAG